AUGGCCACCGAACUCACUGUCCAGUCGGAGCGCGCUUUCCAGAAGCAGCCUCACAUCUUCCUUAACCACAAGGUCGGCGGACCGCGCAAGAACACCCGCUCCAGGAGAUGGUACAAGGACGUUGGUCUGGGCUUCCGUACGCCCAAGACUGCCAUUGAGGGUACCUACAUCGACAAGAAGUGCCCUUUCACCGGCCUGGUCUCCAUUCGUGGCCGUAUCCUCACCGGCACCGUCAUGUCCACCAAGAUGCACCGCACCUUGAUCAUCCGCCGUGAAUACCUCCACUUCAUCCCCAAGUACUCCCGUUACGAGAAGCGCCACAAGAACCUCGCCGCUCACGUCUCGCCCGCUUUCCGUGUCGAGCCCGGUGACCAGGUCGUCGUUGGCCAGUGCAGGCCCCUCUCCAAGACCGUCCGCUUCAACGUCCUCCGUGUCCUCCCCCGAAAGGGAAAGGCUGCUAAGCAGUUCAACAAGUUCUAG